AUGCAACGUGUCGUGUUUUUCAGCGGUAUUCAUGGUUUAUUUUUGCAGAUCUGGCCGGAUUUUGGUGGAUGCGAGCUAGAUUUGUAUUUUACCGGUUCCGAGUCUUGCUUUGGCCUCCAAGCUUCGUUUUACUUCGUGGAGUUCGCUUUGGAGGUUUUAGUUAUCGAUGGUUGCCGUGGGGAUCUUCUGUAUGGGUUUUUUUGAAAGGUUCUCCAGAAGUUUAGUUGUUUGUUAGGUUGGGCUUUCUUUGGUACUGGAGUAAGUUGUGGUAUCUGGUUUUCGGUUUUUAAUUAUGAGUUCAAUCCAUGUAUCACUUCUCUGUAUCCUUCAUCUGUAUUGUAUCCUUCAUCUGUAUCUUUCCUCUGUAUCAUUCCACUGUUUUAAUAAAAUUCCAGAUGACAAAAAAAAAAAACAUUUUAAAACUUA